CAUUGGCUGCAGGAACUCAAGGUUGGUGGAAUAGAAGGGGAGGGAUUAAAGUCUUUGAACUGCAGAGAGAAAUCUCCACUCUGAUCUCAGCACUGGGCCCUGCUGCUGCUCGCCGGGAUAUCCCAACCACUACACGCUUUGCCGAAGAGCCCGACGGGAGUCCAUGGUGCCCACAUUUCUUUCAGAGCGCGGAGUCAGGGAUGCAGCGUCGCCAUGGGUUUCAUGGAGUUUUACCUGGAGAUUGAUCCAGUCACUCUAAACCUCAUCAUCCUCAUCGCCAGCUACGUCAUCCUGCUUCUGGUCUUUCUCAUCUCUUGCAUCCUUUACGACUGCCGGGGCAAAGACCCUACCAAGGAGUACGUUUCCGAGCCCGCAGCCCCCCAGCAGCAGUCUCCCAUCCGGCUCGUGGUGAUGCAAAACUCCCCGGCCUCGUCGCGUUAUAACGAGCAGAACAACACAGCCGCCUCCAGCUUCGCACCUCUGACCCCUGACAUGCGCGAGAAGAGGAGCACGCUGGUCUGACACAUCCUCCGUCUGCUAAUGAGUGACUUUCUCUCGAGCGUCCCUUUUGGACACACUUUCAAUCUCAUAGAAGUUAAUAAAUGCUCAAAAAUGAUUCAAAUUUGAGCUGAAACAGAGUUGUCCAUCUGCAUUCAUUAGUUUAUUGUGGACGAUUUCAUCAUGGAAAUGGAGUUAUUUUAUCCUCUGGACACUGGAUAGAGGCCAAAUAGAACACACAUGUGCAUGCCUGAACAGUGCAAACAUCUGGACACGUGUACGGCCAUAAUUUUAUCAGUAGAAGAAAUGACUUUUGCCCAUAUAUUGUAAAACACUUCAGUAUAUAAGUUAUACAUUUUGGAUGUGUUCAUUGUGAAGUUUCAGUGUGCGUGUUUGUAAAUGUAUAAACAUAUUUUAAAGUAUACAUUUAUAAUAAUACAAUAAUAUUGUCUCAGUCAAGCAAUUCAGUUUUCAAGCAUUCUGCAUUUUUUGCUUUUUUCCAAAGCAACUUACUUUGCAUUCUGUGUAUAUUAUAUUUUGAUAGUAGGCAUUGUAUGUUCCCCAGGAAUCAAACCCAUGACUCUGGCAUUGCCAGCACUAUGAUUUUGAGCAAUUUUGAAAUCUAAAUCUAAAAUGCAAUAUAUUUAUGAACUAUGUUUAUGAAGUAUAAUAACAGAAAAAAAGAAAAAUAUUUUUCCGCAAAUACAUUUUGUUUGACAAUCAAGUGAUAAAAAAGAGGUGAUAUUAAAUUACUGUUCUCAUUAAUAUAACAUUCAAAGAACUGUAUUCUCAAUUUCUGAA